AUGGGCAGCGUAACAAGACACUCCACCAGAAGUCUCCUGUCAGCCAGCAGAACACCAGCUCCUACAAGAGGCAUUCGAUCGUUCCACCACUCGCCCUCGCACUGCCAGAAGACCCCCGAACAGAUCGGGGAAGCAUUCCUGUCCAAGUUCGCAAACGGCCGGGAAUUCGUUCGGAAGCAACUGCUGGAUGCCAAUCAGGCCCGUCUGUUUGCAUUAACACUCGACCGCACCCAGCUCUGGCCCGGCUCGGAAUCGUUGGAUCAAAGCGAGCCUGCACAUGGCACACCAUUGCCGGCGGGCUAUCACAAUGCCUAUUUCACUCCGACUCAGCUUCCGGGAGCGUUGGGUAUAGACGGAACCGACACGUCGUACAAUCCGGUAGGCAUCCCCAUUACACCUCCCGUUGUCCAGAGCUAACACUUUCACUGCAGGAAGCGCCCUUCACCCGCCGCAUGUGGGCUGGUGGUUCCAUCCAAUGGCCCGGAGCAGAUCCGUCCAAGGGCACCGCCCAUCUCAAGGUCGGAGACGUGGCCACCGAGGUCACCAAAGUCCUGUCCUGCGAACCCAAGACCAUCAAGAAGACAGGCGAAGCCAUGCUCGUCGUCGGCGUGGUCAAGGAAUUCUACGAUUCCACGGACCAACUCUGUGUCGUCGACAACCGAAACUGGGUCUUCCGCGAAGCGCUCGACCCUUCCAAGAAGGCUACCGCUCCUAAGAGACCGACGGAAUUGAGCGAGGCCGAGAUUCAUGAUGCCGGUAACGGCAAGAUUGUUAGGCACUUCAAUCGCGAUCCGCCGACUCUGUUCCGAUUUUCCGCUUUGACAUUCAAUGCGCACCGCAUCCAUUACGAUAAGCCGUGGUCGGUGGAUGUGGAAGGACACCGGGACACGGUGGUCCACGGACCGUUGAACAUGAUUUCCAUGCUGGACUUCUGGAGAGACGAGCAGAAGGCGAGUGGGAUCGUGUUUCCCAAGUCGUUGAAAUAUCGCGCCACGAGUCCGGUGUAUGUCGGAGAGGGAUACAGGAUCUUGAUGGAUGAGGGCAGUGCUGGGAAUGAAGACGUCCCGAUCGAGGUCGUGAGCAAUGACGGAACGGUUUGUAUGAAGGGCGACAUCAAGCGCUGGUAA